GUGCCCCAUUAUUGGUGUCAGUGGGAGGAAUAGUGCCCCAUCAUUGGUGUCAGUGGGAGGAAUAGUGCCCCAUCAUUGGUGUCAGUGGAAGGAAUAGUGCCCCAUCACUGGUGUCAGUGGGAGGAAUAUGCCCCAUCAUUGGUGUCAGUGGGAGGAACAGUGCCCCAUCAUUGGUGUCAGUGGGAGGAACAGUGCCCCAUCAUUGGUGUCAGUGGGAGGAACAGUGCCCCAUCAUUGGUGUCAGUGGGAGGAACAGUGCCCCAUCAUUGGUGUCAGUGGGAGGAACAGUGCCCCAUCAUUGGUGUCAGUGGGAGGAACAGUGCCCCAUCAUUGGUGUCAGUGGGAAGAAUAGUGCCCUAUCAUUGGUGUCAGUUAGAGGAAUAGUGCCCCAUCAUUGGUGUCAGUGGGAGGAAUAG